CAGAUCCCUUCAUUCAUGUCGCGCGACUCAAUGACAUCUGUCACUCCUACAUCACUCUCAAACCUUGAGCAAUUCACUUGGGCAUCACCACUUGCUUCACCCUUGGCUUCAGAUGAGUAUGUCUUCAUCUUGAGUUGUCUCCAGCCAUACGCAGACAUGGCUCGGCUUUGUCGACUGGCUCAACAAAAACAAAGUGGUUCCUCUCUCUCUGCCUCCUUCUCCUCUUCCUCUUCUUCAUCUUCAUCUUCUUCGUCAUCCGCACACGCCAUCCUCUUAGCACUCUCAUGCAUGAAUCAAUAUGAGCUUCGAAGAGCCUGUCAUGAGUGGAAAGCCGUCAUUGUGCAUAUCAAUCCUGAAUGCAGGGCCCUACAGCAAGCUGUUUUUUCCCAUUACAAUCGCUUUCAUCUUUGGGCUACUAUUCAAGCAAUCGUUUGGGGGACUGCACUCGCUGCUGUAGGACUGCGUCAGAACGCCAUCAUUCGCUCCACGCGUUGGCCAUCUUCAAGGCUAGUCUCCACUUGUGUUGCGCUUUUAGGAUGUCUCUUCACCACAACGUGUAUAUCAAAGACUUCAGAAUCAAUCAUAGCCAUCCCACGGGGAUAUGAUGUGAUCAAAGUCAAGGAUGAAGAUACUGGUAUAGAUCAUUUAUUUUUGAUUCGACGCGAUUUCAAGUUGAAAUUUGAUCCAAGAGUUAUACCCAUGUACUUACUCUCUGGAAUGGGUUUAGGUACUAUCAUCUUGGGUGCCCGUAUCGCGUUCAAAAUCAAAAGAACAGCCUAGAUUUCUGUAUCUAAAGUAGUUAAAUAAUAGAAAUAGUUCACAUGUUAUCUUGGACCCAUAUCCGCUCCAUGCAUAACGGACGAGAACAGCCUUGGAUAUACAUGCCAAGCGCACCGUCUAGAAUAAAAGAAGACGGGGAAAAGAAGGAAAGAAAAAUAAAAAUAUUAAACCUUG